GCGCGAGACACACCGGCUCACUCCUCUGGAUGCUGUUACCGUAACUGACCGCUCUUAACGGGACUACCGAUGGAUUUUUUGGAUUUUUACCGGGUUACGGUCUCAUUUCGCUCGUGACCAGAACCGAGGACACCGCUGUUUUCUGGGAUUCAUUACGUGAAUAUCUUCCGGGUGUAUUUUCAUUGUUUUGGGGGAGACGUCACGCGCAGCAUGCUGCUCUCUAAACUGGGCUCUCACAUCUCCUCCAGCAUGGACCUGCCGGCGAAGCUCCAUCAAGCCAAAGCGGAGAAGCAGCCGUUUGAGAAGCUGUACCGGCUCGGGUCGGUGCUCGGCAGCGGAGGAUUCGGCACGGUGUACUCGGCUGUCCGCCUCGCAGACGGGCUGCCGGUGGCGGUGAAGCACGUGUGCAGAGACAGAGUGACUGAGUGGGGCUCUCUGUGCAGCGCAGUGGUCCCUCUGGAGAUUGUGCUGUUGAAGAAGGUGGGAGGGGCGUUCGGCGGCGUGGUGCGGCUCCUGGACUGGUGGGAGCGGGCGGACGGCUGGCUGAUGGUGAUGGAGUGCCCUGAGCCGGGGCAGGACCUGUUUGAUUACAUCACAGAGCGUGGUGCGCUGGACGAGGAGGCAGCACGCGGCUUCUUCCUGCAGGUGCUGGAGGCGGUGCGUCACUGCUACACCUGCGGUGUCGUACACCGAGACAUCAAGGACGAGAACCUGUUGGUGGACUUGAGGACUGGACAGAUCAAACUCAUCGACUUCGGCUCGGGGGCCCUCCUCAAAGACACCGCCUACACAGAGUUCGAUGGUACACGUGUGUACAGUCCUCCAGAGUGGAUCCGGUUCCGCCGGUACCACGGCCGCUCGGCCACUGUCUGGUCUCUCGGCGUGCUGCUGUACGACAUGGUGUGCGGGGACAUCCCCUUCGAACAGGACGAGGAAAUCCUGAGAGGACGGGUCUACUUCAGACGCCAACUCUCCUCAGAGUGCCAGCAGCUGAUUGGCUGGUGUCUGAGCCUGCAGCCGUCUGACCGGCCGACUCUGGAGCAGAUCCUCCUCCACCCCUGGGUGACGGUCAGCAACGGACAGCAGACAGACAACAAAGGCAUCAUGCUUCACGCCAUCACAGGGGACUCUUCCUCCUCGUCUUCCUCCUCCAGCCAGCAGAGCCUCUGAUUGGUUCAUGAGACGGCAGCCUCCUGGUGGCGGUUGAAUUCUCUCGUGCUUGCGCGUUUGUCGCUGUAAGGAAAUGUUUCCAGCUGACAGGAGCGAGUGGCGGUCACAGGUCAGGAUGACGUUGACUCUGUGCUGCUCCACAGCGCCCCCUCCUGGUCACAGACUGUGGUGCAGCUCUAAUGGAGCCUCAACACCUGUCUGGUGAUCCUGUUUCAGAGUGCCUUGAAUUUGACAGCUGCUGUGACUGGAGCGUUGCCACGGUAACCAGCUGCAGCCCAGGAGACAGUGUGGAGGUGUGGAGGGUUCGUCAGCGACUCCUUUAGUUAACAUGACAAACUGACCCAAAAUAAAUGUGGUGAAGUUACAGAAGAACCCAGACUGGUUGUCCUCCAAUGCAAAGAACAGGCAGACAGCAAAGACAAGAAGUAGCUCCUCCUGGAGGACCCCGAGGUGUUCCCAGGCCAGAUGAGAUAUAUAAUCUCUCCAGCGUGUUCUGGGUCUGCCCGGGGGCCUCCUACCAGUGGGACGUGCCUGGAAUACGUCUACCAGGAGGCGCCCAGGAGGAUCCUGAUCAGAUGCCUGAACCACCUCAACUGACCCCUUUCGACAUGAAGGAGCAGUGGCUCUACUCCGAGCUCCCUCCAGAUGUCCGAGAGCUCCUCACCCUAUCUCUAAGGCUGAGGCCAGACACCCUACAGAGGAAACUCAUUUCAGCCGCUUGUAUCUGCGAUCUCAUUCUCUCCAUCACUACCCAGAGCUCAUGACCAUAGGUGAGGGUUGGGACGUAGAUGGACCAGUAAAUCGAAAGCUUUGCCUUCUGGCUCAGCUCCCUCUUCACCACGACGGUCCGUCCCAGCGCCCUCAUCUUUGCAGACGCCGCUCCCAGCCGCCUGUCACUCCAUUUCUUUUGAAAAGAUAAGUUGAAUAUUAAGGAUGUGUUCUCAUAUGCAGUAUAGAUAAGUUUCUGACAGAAGACAUUUAAACACAAUGUUGGUGUUUUUCCUAAUUUUUCAAAAGUCCUGCACAGGUGUGAUUUUUCAAGUGAUGUAAAAAAUUCAGAGUCGUACUGUUGCUGUUACUUUCCCCUCAUCAUUCAAAGUCUGAUCGUUAGUCUUUGGGCACAAGAACGUCUUCCUGUCCUCUGCCCCCAAACAAACCCCGCCCACCCUGUGAUGUCAUCAUCGAGACAGACAAAGACCCUCACCUACUGAUGUGGUGGGAUACUUGAAACACACAUUCAACAACACACACACACACACACACACACACACACCUCAGUAUAAAUGUUUAUAACACACAUAAUGUCUGAACACACGCAGGUGAGGACUGUUCCUGAUGAAAAUAAAGGUCAGAACAAGCAAAGUUAAGAUUUUAAAUCAGGAAAUAUCUGAUCACUGGUGCUACUGACGUCCUGAAAAAAAAUCUGUCCUGGUUUUAUUGUUGUCUUUGUCGGAGCAGGGCUGGUUAUUGUUUGAAUUGUUUGGAUGUUUGUAUUUCACUUUUUACACCAACAAUAUCUCAUGACUUUGUUUGAAAACAUGACGUCCUCUGUCCUCUGUCUCCCUCAGCCUCUGUGUAGAAGAUGCACCAUCAAUGCAAAUAUUCACUUUUGUAUUUUAAAUAUAGUGUAGUUAUGUUUUUAAAUGUGUAAAAAUAUUUUGUACAUUCUGUGUUUUAUUUAUUUAGUGAAGAGACAUUCCUCAUCCUGUGGUUAUUUAUUUAAGUUCUAACAUGUUUUUCUUUUUUUUUUAUUUCUUAAAAAUAAAAUCAGGUUCAAAUUUGAGUUUUCUCUCAGUUUAAACAAAAUUUGUAGAUUCUCAUUUGUUAGUUAGUAUUUUGAAAUAUACAGUUCUGACAGGAAUAUACAUAAAUGUAUUUUUUCAAGGGAAAUUUUCAAAAUAAACAUGUUUG